CAAGGGCUGCGCCACAGCAGAUUUAAAGUAAUUAGGAACCACAUCAGUGGCCAAAAAAAAAACAAAUAGACAUAAGAACUGCAGUUAUUGUGUCCCUGGCUUCCUUGAGCACUCUACUGGGUAUGACACCUACAGGACUAGGUGAUGAUUUAAGCUGCAAUGAGUUCUUGCUAUGAAAACAAUUUCAACAAACUCAACUGGACCCUUUCCAAAUAUUGUACCUCACUGUAAAGCUGAGGACACCCAACAGAAGUCUUAAUUUUGAUAACUUUAUUAGUGAAAAAACUUAAGAACUGUUCACAUGUAACAAUGCUUGAAGCUGUUUUUUGUAACUUUUAAACAGAAACCUGGCGGUCGGUGUGCAUAUUAGUAUUACUAAGGAGUGACCAAGAGAACAAACAGAAGUUGUUUAAUUUUUGAUGGGUGUUUCUGACCUACCUUGUACUAGUGACUGGCAGACAGAGAGAGGAAUAUAUCAGCUGAUGUGCCAGCAGGAAUUGCAGCAUUUUCGUUUUGAUAUGUACGAGUAUUAUUCUGAAAAAAAAAGAAAGAGGAACACAUGAGAGAGAUGGACCGGAAGUGAGAGACUGUGACGAACCACAGGCCAGACUGUUAAUCGUCUGACAAAGCUAACCUCCAUUGAUAUGCCCGUCUCCUGUCUGGAAAUACACCCAGCGAGCUGUACAGUACAAAGGAGCGCUUACCUGGGGCAUCGGAGCCUGGAAAUCAUCGGCACAAAGGGGGAAUUCCAGCAUUAAACUAUUCCACUAUCCUGACAAGUGAAGUGAUCAUUGAAGAUUGUGUGAAGACCACAGCUCAGGGCUCCAACAGGACCCUACGGGAUCCCGCAGUCUCCUCUGUGCAAGACCAACCAUGGCUGCAGGGAGAAACAGAAAGACAAUAUUUCUGGCCCUUAUCCUGACCUUUAUCCUCAGCAAAUAUGUUAUAUAUCAGUGGUUUAUGAAAUGGUUCAAUGACAGGUCAAGGCUUGGUACUGAGCGAGAGGAUAUCAGGGUCCUGAUGUGGCACUGGCCAUUUGAACAGAACCAGACCCUGCAGGAGGACAUUUGCAGGACAAAAUACCAUGUUGGUGGCUGCCACCUUGUGGACAACCGCAGUCUAUACCAUCAGGCUGACGUGGUGGUCUUUCACAACCGUAAGCUACAAACAGGCAUCUCCAGGCUGCCCCUUGACCAACCUCGUCCGACAGCCCAAAAGUGGGUGUGGCUCUCCCUGGAGUCUCCAUCCCAUAAUGGGGACCUGAGAGCUAAGAAGCCACUAGACUCUGACCAGCUGUUACCCACUAUUUCUCGGUGCUACUUCUACCUGGCCUUUGAGAACUCGGUGUAUAGAGACUACAUAACAGAGAAGCUGUGGAACAAUGCCUUGCUGGCUGGCAGUGUGCCGGUUGUGCUGGGCCCACCCCGAGCUAACUACGAGGCCUUCAUUCCCAAAGACUCCUUCAUCCAUGUGGACGACUUCAACUCCAUUAAAGAACUGGCUGAUUUCUUGAACCAGCUGGCCUCAGACAAAGAGCGAUACGAGUCAUAUUUCCGUUGGAGACGUGACUAUGAUGUUCAAAAAUGGCCUGGCUGGAGGGACAUACUCUGCAGAAUUUGUGGUCUCUAUGAGCAUCUGCCUUCCACCAAGGUCUACCACAACCUGGAGGCCUGGGCCAACGGAGAGCCAUGAUAAUAGGCUUUACCAUGUGAAAAAACUGCUGACUGAAGACUGCAUUCCUAUAAGCACAGAA